CUUAUUUCCGCGAGUCGGUUCUUUUGAACGGAUCGUUUCAUAGCCCUAGCCCAGCUUUUGGUUAGAAUAAAGUUCUUAUUUGGUUAUUUGGAAACGUUCUGUGUUUGCUGGCAGUUCACAACCGAUUAUUUUACAUCAUUUUUGAACACAAUGACGUCACCUGUGGAAUGUGAGGAAACGAAACCGACCUGAGAUCAGCCUCAGGUAACGCGACCACCUGAACACUAAUGGAGAAAACUGUGAUCAAAUACAGACACUGUGGAAGAGACGUUUACAGUUUCUCACAUCUAGAUGCCCCAUAUUCUCACCGAACUGAUGAUUCCGAGCGUCAGUGUCCGAUCUGUCAUCAAACUCGAACAUUUGGACUUUUAGACGCACCUGUUGCGCUUCCCUGCCCGUUUAGAAAUGGACACAAAGUCUCAUGUGCGUUUCUCAUAGGAUCUAUUCACGGACCAUCAUAUCUUGGAGAAUGGAAUGACACAGAGAUGCAUGUGGGGCUUUCGAAUUCAGAAGGUCUGGUGUAUAACUACACCCUGUCAGGGGUCCGGAGAGACGCUCAUGGCUGGGAACAGUGUGUUUGUGUGCAGCUCGUCCCUCCAGAGAGACGGGACCUCAGGGAAUCAUGGGACAGCGAGCUGGAGCAGUUCUCUGUUCUUCCAGAAUGGGUUCCAGAGCGGUUUUCUGAGGAGCGAGCGUUUGGAUCGUGCUGUUACGGUUUCGCUCUGACCUUCAUAAACCACAUGCGCUGGUUGGAUGGGAAAGCGUCUCUGAGCAGAGAUGAGUUCACUGACGUCACGUUUUACCCAGAAUGAAGACAGUGUCCCGAUACAUCAACAUCUAUCAUGCAAUAUUACAACAAGGAUUUCACAUAGCAUAGAAUUACAGUAUUGAUUUGGAGAGGAGGGGGGUAAAAAAGGUUGUCAACAUGUCACUUAACAUUAAAAUAUGUUAUUGGAGUAAGAAUCUAAUCUCAUAAGAUUAAUCUAAUAAUGAUUUUAAUGUAAGAAGAAUAAAUUUGGAGCAUCAAUUCACAGUACCACAAACAAGAUCAUAUUUAUAUACCAA